AGUAGAUUGUACAGCUUCCAUAUACGAUGUGGAACAGUAGUCUGAACAGUCAUGUAGUACAAUGAAAACCCCCUGAAAAUUACAAUGAAUUGCAUCCAGGAAGGAAAAAAAAUUGAAUUGAAAUCAUUUGCAUUGGCACCUGUACUCAUAACUGCCCUGUUGUAUAAUACCACAGAGCUUUCAGACAAAACAACAAUACGUCGUUGAUCGUAACAGACUGUAGAGAUGGACCUUCUGCUGUCCCACAACCUCACAAACGGCUCAGGUUCAGGCUCUUGCACAAAAGAAGAUUUUGUGGACGUUCGCAUGUAUCCUACGUUCUACUCUAUAUGCUUUAUUAUUGGGUUCCCAGCUAACUGCCUCUCUUUCUAUGUAGCAUUGGCACUGGCAAGGAAAGGGAAUAAUCUGGCGGUGUAUCUGGUAAACCUCUCUGUGUCAGACCUCCUGUACACAAUCACUCUGCCAGUGUGGAUUCAGCUGGCUCUCCGUUACCCUGUGGGCGACACCCUCUGCAGCCUCAUCGCCGUGGUCAUGAACAACAGCUUCUACAUGGGCACCUCUUUCCUCUGCUGCAUCUGUGUGGACCGAUACCUGGCUGUGGUGUUCCCGCUCUACUACCCAUGGGCCCACACGGUGCGGACAGCCAAUGGGGUGAGCGCCCUGGUGUGGUGCGCGGAGCUGGCCCUGCACGCGGUCCUCCUGCACCACACGGGGGCGCUCCGCUCCUUCUCGGAGUCCCGGCUGUGCGAGGAGAAGAUGCCCAUGAGGCCGGCGGUCUCGCGUGUGGCGCUGGUGCGGGUGGCGCUGGGCUUCCUCGUCCCUCUCCUCCUCAUGACGUUCUGCUUCCUGCGCAUCUUCCUCGCCCUCCAGCGCAGCACCUUCACGCAAGAGAGCGAGCGGAGGAAGGUCCAGAGCCUGCUCUUCCUCCUCCUCCUCACUUACGUGACGGCUUUCGCUCCCUUCCAGACCGUCAUGCUCCUCAGGGGCCUCUGGGAGCCCAACGCGUGUGGCUUCGCCCUGCGUGUGAGGGACGCCUACAUGGUAUCCGUUGCUACGACAACGAUCAACAGUGUGGUGGACCCCAUCCUCUACUGCCUCCUGAGUGAAGCUGCAAAGGCGGAGAUGAACCUGAUCCUUCAGGGAUGCCGUUAACGGUUUGGAAAGAUCUUACCGUUCCGGAGAAAGACUGUUUCCCCCAUCUCAUAGGACUCACCAGGCCUCACUACAUAAUGUUUAACUAAGCUGUGAGUUCAUUUACUCUUCUUCAUCCAUGCACACUGAUCAU